UAAAAUGGGAGGAGAUUCCAUUUGUUAUGGGUGGCCGUCAAACUCAUGAAUGUACAGAAAAUUCAGUACAUGAUAACAGAAAGGAUUUUAAACCAAUUAGAUAUAUGUAGUCCCAAAUCCUCUUAUCUCUGGCCAUAACGUUAUGGCGUCGGUGAAAGUGGCAGUUCGCGUCCGUCCGUUGAACACCAGGGAGAAGAACAUGGAUGCUAAAUGCAUUAUAGAAAUGGAAGGAAAGAGAACUAGCAUCCUUAAUUUAAAAUUGAGCUCAUAUGCUGAUGAUCAUGGUGACAAGCCAGCACAUGGAAGAGAGAGGGUGAAAGAUUUCUUCUUUGACUACUCCUAUUGGUCAUUUGAUUCAAAUGCAAUGCAUUUUGCAAGCCAGCAGCAGGUGUUCUCAGACCUGGGAAAAGGUGUGUUGGAAGCUGCCUCUGAAGGCUAUAAUGCAUGUAUUUUUGCAUAUGGGCAAACUGGAUCAGGAAAAACACAUACAAUGAUGGGACAACCUGGAAACGUUGGACUCAUUCCAAGGAUAUGCGAGGGUCUUUUUCAUCAAAUGCGGAAAUGUGGAGAUGAUGGUAUUUCGUUCAGAACCGAAGUAAGCUAUUUAGAGAUUUACAACGAAAAAGUACGAGAUUUACUCAGACCUCAGUCUAAAAGAGGUACUACCUCAUACACAUUGAAAGUAAGAGAGCAUCCCAAAGAAGGACCUUAUGUACAAGGUCUUUCAAAGCACCUCGUAAAUGACUAUGAAGCUGUAGAGACUCUGAUGGCUCAAGGGAAUUCACUGAGAACAACAGCAUCUACUAACAUGAAUGACACAAGUAGCCGAUCUCACGCCAUUUUUACUUUGAGCUACACUCAGGCUAAAUUUUACCAUGACAUGCCGAGUGAGACUACGAGUAAAAUAAAUCUGGUUGAUCUUGCUGGAAGUGAAAGGGCUGACGCAACAGGUGCCACUGGAGUGAGGCUAAAAGAAGGAGGCAACAUUAACAAAUCACUAGUUACUCUUGGCUCUGUCAUAUCUUCCCUAGCUGAGUCAUCUACAAACCCGAAUAAGAAGCAUUUAUUUAUUCCAUAUCGAGAUUCGGUUCUGACUUGGCUACUUAAAGAUAGUCUUGGUGGAAAUUCGAAAACUAUUAUGAUUGCAACUAUAUCUCCAGCUGAUUGCAACUAUGCAGAAACAUUGAGUACUCUUCGUUAUGCAAACAGAGCAAAGAAUAUAAUUAACAAACCAACUGUGAAUGAGGAUCCAAAUGUAAAACUUAUCCGAGACCUGAGAGCCGAAAUCGACACACUGAAAAAUAUGCUGCAUCUGGAUGCUCUUAGUGAUGCCGAGAAAGCAGCUGCUAAAAAACUCUCAGAAAAUGAAGAGCGAUUGGUUGAAUUAACAGACAAGUGGAAAGACAGGUGGAAGGAAACACAGAAGAUUAUGCAGGAGAGGGAGCUUGCAUUGAAAAAACAUGAAGAAAUUGGGAUCAGAAUGGACUCAGAAUUACCACAUCUAGUUGCAUUAGAAGAUGACCUUCUAAGCACUGGAAUUCUUCUCUACCACUUAAAGGAAGGAAAGACUAAUAUCGGUACCAGAGAUGCAGAUGUCAAACCGGAUCUCGUGCUAACCGGUCCUGAUGUUGAGAAUGAGCACUGUAGUAUUGAAAACCAAAAUGGCUUUGUUAUUCUUGACCCAAAGCCUGGCGCCCUGUGUUCUGUUAACGGCAACCACGUAACCACCAGGACAAGAUUGCAGCAAGGCGAUGUUGUAAUUCUUGGAAGGACCAAUCUUUUUCGUUUCAAUCACCCAGCCGAAGCCCAAGAGUUACGAGAGAAGCGGAAAUCUUUUGGUGGCGGGCUUCCUAAUAUCUCAAUGGCUGCAAAGUUUGGCAGCGAGCAGGAUUUACUCCAGAAGUUAAGAUCAAGUGCGCAUGACAGCAGGGAAAAGAGAGAAGAAGAGCUUGCCAAGCAGUUAGAAGAAGCAAGAAAAGAUCUUGAAAGGCAGAAACAAGAUGAAGAGAGAAGAAUAGAGGAAGCGAAGAAUGAAUUCACCCGUCAGAUACGAGAUGAGUCAAGGAGACUUGAAGAGACAAGGAGAGAGUUACAACGACAACAGAGAGCACGGUACAAAGACUCACAGACAGCCGAGGAAAUAAGACAAAUGAUAGCCGAGCUGGAGGAAAGGUAUCACGAAUCAGAAACAAGAAGAGUGCAAAAGGAAGAUCAGCUCAAAGAAGAAGUUAGCGCGAAAGAACAUUUGAUUAAAGAACAAGAACAGAAGCUGAAGACAUUGCAGACAGUUUAUACGGAGUCAAAAGACAGUUCUGACUUGCAGAUCAAGGGAAUGGUGGAGCAUUUUUUAGAUAUGAGAACAGCAGAAACAGCAAGAAUGAAAGUGAAGAUGAAAGAAGUCAUACAACAGGAGUCUAAAGACCUCUCGAGCAGGGAUAUUGCAGAGAAGAAGAUAGAAAUGAAAAAAUUGUGGAUUUCAGAAUCUGAGAAAGUAUUGGGUCAAGAGAAAGUUGUUUCUGAUCUACAAAAUAAGUUGCAUGAGAUGAUUGAUAAGUUUGAAGAUGAAAGUAGUAUAAGUGACGAGGAUAAGAUCGAGUUUGAAUAUCAAAAGAGACAAACGGAAGAAAAACUGGCCGCAGCCCAUGAAGCUGUGGAAGAGCUAAAGGCAGACAGGGAGCGUGCUUUAAGUGUAUACAAAAAUGAUUAUAGAAAUAGAUUUGACUUGCUGUGCUGGGAGAGAGAAAAAGAAGAGGAGAAAGUAGAAGCAAAAAAAUUAUACCUUCGCCAACAGAUAAAUCGUCAGAUGCAGGCAUUAGAAACUACUGUUGACAGCUUGCAAAGUAGUAAGGAGGCGUAUGAUAAACUAGUAGAAGUUGAGGAGCAAUACUUAAAAGAUAAUAAAGUAGCAAUGGAAACGCGCCGGCAAGUACUCAAGGAUAAAUGCGAGACAAUGCAGAAAGGAUUGGAUGAGGAGAUACGGAAUUUCCAGGAACACGACAAGCUUUCGAAGCAGGAAAUAGAAAGUGGAAGAUCAACAAUUGAAGAACUGAAAUUGGAUUUAGGAAGAUUUGUGAUUGAUUUGAAACAUAGUGGUAUUGAAAAUGAUUCUGCGAAAGCUCAGAUUGAUGCAAAGGAAAGCGAAAUUGCAGAUAUGGAAUCGAAUCUAAAGGAUUUAGAGAAAAAACGUACAUCAGAAAGAUUGGAAAAUGAAGAAAAGGUGCAAGACAAACUUCACGUGAUGAAUAUGGUAAAUGUUGAAUAUGAGGAUGAGGUAAAGAACUCAAAUAGGAGUUAUACUGACAUGGAACAAAUUUCGCGAGAGAAGAUACUGCUCCAGCAGGAGAAUGUAGACGAUGCAGAAAAACAACUGCUACAAUGUAGAAAUAACUUAGAUCGAAAUGAAGAAAGAUUACAAGAAUUACAAAAAUUGGAAGAAGGUAUGAUAGCAAAAGCAGAUAAUGAACUUUUAUUUAUUGCAUACUUGUUAGAAAAAGACUUAGAAGAAAAGGGUAAAAUGGAUGAAUUUGAAGUAAUACAUAAGUGUAAGGAAAAUGUAGAGAAUAUAGCUACUGAAUACAAACAAGAAGUUUCGAAAUUACAAAAACAGGCAGAAGAUCAGCUGAAGCCAAUGGUUUUACAGAGAGAAAAGGCACAGGUUGUUUUGGAAGAUCUGGUCAGGUCAAGGGGAAUAAGUGAAGUUGCUUUGAACGAAGUCAAAGAACAGUUUCAGAAGGAGCGCGCUGAGGAAAUUUCAAAUAUCGAAAAGCUUAAGGAAAAGUUAGCUGAUCUUGAGGAAGAGACCAGCCUCUCAUUGAGUUUAGGUAGAGAUGAGAUUUCUUACGCUGGCCAUUCCGAUGUUCUAAAUGUGAAUCGAAUUUUGGAAAAAGAGCGACAAAGACUUAGCGAUGAAAUGGAACUGAAACUGAAGGACGCUGAGUCAAAAUGGGCCUCAGAAUUCGAUUCACUGAAGAUGGCUGAGUCGGAAGCAUUAGCUGCACUAGAGCAGCAAAAAGAAGCUCUUGUAAAGGAGCUAGAGAGUGUAAGUGCUGAAACGGAGAGGCAGAAGUACCAGCAAGAGAAGCUAGAAAGGGAAUCAAAUGAAUUGGAUCGAAUACGAGAGCUGGAGACAAUUAUUGUUGAAAAAGAAGACCUUGUCGAUAAAGUGAAACAGAGAGCUCAACAGGAAAUCACCGAACUGAACGAACUACUGGAUGAAAAUAAAAGGCAAAUAUACAUGCUGCAAGAGAAGCUUGACAGAUAUGCAUCAAUGAAUAGCCUGGCACUUGCAAGCCACAAUUACGAGGAUCAUCUUUCUGACAGUGAAGUUGCUGACCUGCUAUCUAGAGUUAGAAAUUCAGUAAGCUAUAUUGAUGAGGAUGAUGAUGAAAGUCAAAUUGGUUCGCAUCAGAUAUCUCCACCUCCAACUCCAAUAAAUCGCUUUCUUGAAUCAGUCAACAUAUAUAAAAGAAAUCAAAUCAGAGUCUCGGUGCCAAGGUUUAUUCUUCGUGGCCUCGGUCGCAAUGCUUACCACGUAUUUGAGGUUAAGCUGUCUGUUGGUGAUGACACGUGGUCAGUCUUUAGGAGAUAUAGAAAAUUUCGACAGCUGCAUCAAGAACUCAGAAUAGAAUACCCAGUUGUGGGGAACCUUGAAUUUCCUUCGAAGAGGUUUUUUGGCAACAGAGCGGAGAGUUUUGUCCGUUUACGACGAGCCCAGUUGGAGGCAUAUCUCAAAGCUCUUUUUGCAAUACUGUCCAACAUAGCAACCUGUCCUGUAUCACUCAUAACAGAGCAACCGCUGACCAAGCAGGAUGUCGGAAGAUUUCAUCAGUUUUUCAAGCAAGGUGUCUUUGAAAUUACGAAGGGUUCUAGAGCAGACCAAAACUCGUUGAUAUGAGUUUGCUAAGUCUUCAGUUUCUAUUCUGAAGGAGAUCAGUAGAACCUCCUAAAGAGAUGCUGCCAUGCUUGAUAGCUGGAUAGGAGGCUGGCACAAGUUAAAACUGUUUUUUACCUUAACAUUGUCUAGUUGAUAGCGUUUAGUAAAUAAAAGAGUUUGGUGGGUGUUCGUUUGGAAAGUAGGCCCUUGUUGUUUGGAACUUCGUGAUCGAAUUAAACUAGCUCGUUGACAACUGUUUGGAAUCAGACAUAAAUAUAAGGUAAGCUUCUAAUGGUAUUCUUAUUCGCAUUUUCAAAUCUAUUGUUUAUACGGAGCAAAAGAAGCAUUGGUCUGCGAUCCUGAUCCUCUUUUUGUUAUAUUUACUGAGCUGGAAGAGUGUCCGAUAGGUUCAUGCGUAUUCCUUUAUUCCAUAUACUAAGUAUAUCGAGAAAAAGCCUCCCGUGGCUUUAUUGAAUUUGACGUUAAACUAGUGUAUAAAGUCAUCUGCCGUGGAGUAUAAAGUUUUUUUACUGUUGUCAAGAUGAUAUUGGAUGCUUUCUUUCUUUUAAACGGGCAUUUAAAGGCUCCCGCGUAAUCCAAAUCCAGGUAGGAAACGGGAUCGAUUUUUGUGGGAUACGGAUGGCAAUCAGGUAGUUGCACAACACAAUUUUCAGGAUUGUGAUCCAAAUCCACAUAGAAAACAGGAUCGAUUUUUGUGGGAUAUGGACCGCAACCGGGUGGUUGCACAACAAAAUUUGCAGGAUUGCGAUCCAAAUCCAGGUAGGAAACAGGGUCGAUUUUUGUGGGAUAUGGAUCGCAACCGGGUGGUUGCACAACACAAUUUUCAGGAUUGCGAUCCAAAUCCAGGUAGGAAACAGGAUCGAUUUUUGUGGGAUAGGGAUUGCAAUCGGGUGUUAAAACUUCACAAUUUUCAGGUGUUAACACUACCCAAUCCACGUCUGAAAUGGGAUCUAAUGUUGUAAGAUACGCGAUUGGGUGUUGACAAAACAAAACUUUUCGGAUUUUGAUUCCAAUCCACCGCUAAAACGGAAUGGAAUUUCGUGGGAUGCGGAUCUUGAUCGGCUUUUUACAAAACCAGUUUUAAGGAUUGCGAUCCAAAUUCCGAUCCCGUUACUUUUGCUCCGUGUAAAUGGAAUAUAUCUUUCGUAUCUUAUCUACCCCAUAAUUUUGUCUGAGUGACUUUUAUAACUAAUUGUGGGUAUAUGCAUGACAUCAUAACCCUAACAUUUACACUUACAACACAUCGCCAAGACAAUAAGAAUCACGUGGUUGAUAAAAAGUUUGACAACAUUUAGAUUCAUAUCAGUAUGUAAAUCAUAUUUAUUUCAUUUAGAUUGAUAGAAUUUUUAACUUUGGUAAUCCUUAAGAAUGGUAUGAUUUUACAGCGAUUGAAUUUUUCUGAAAUGAAAGGAUUCAAGCUAUUGUUCUUUAACUAAAGUGCCAACAUCAUAAUAGUGCGGCUUUCAAGGGUCUGGAAGUUUCUUCGAGAGAAAUUCAAUCGCUGAUUAACGUAUGUAUUAGGAGUUAUUUAUUCAAUAUUGGGUGAGUGCUCAAAUGACGAUACGAACGCUCCAGUGACAUUCUUCUCUUGCUUAUAAAUUGAAUAUUGCGGAACAGGGUGAUUAUAUCCGCGAAGGGAGAUGCUAUGCAUCCGAAAAAUGUUUUCAGAUUUGUCAACGAUAAAAUAUAUUGAAUUUAACAUAUCAGUUAUAUGAAGUUAACAAUCUGAGCUGUCUUGUCCUAUUACUGACCCCCUUGUCCUAUUACUGACCCCCUUGUCCUAUUACUGACCCCCUUGUCCUAUUACUGACCCCCUUGUUCUAUUACUGGCCCCCUUUCUGCUUUAUAGCAUUCCUUAUUCCGAUUCAAGGGAGUUUUAAUUUUUUACAUUAUUCAAGCCUCAAUUUUCAUUAAGCGAAUUGUUUUUGGAAUUUUUGCAUAACAAACCUAUUGCAAUUUUGACGAGAAAAUUGUACCUGGAGCUGUGCAGUAUAAUUUUAAAUGUAGAGUAAAUGUGAAGGCGGGUGCUAUGUGUCUGGCAAUGUGACUUGUAUCUACCGUUAUUGUGUUUUCUGAUAUAGAAACAAAUGUUUAUGGUAGUAUUAAUUGUUUUGGUCA